CAACAUUUUUAGUAGGCUGGGACGUGUCCAUUUUACCAUUGACGGUGCCGUCGCACCAACGUCCUUAGUUUAGGGGCUUUGCCAUUUUGCACACGUCCUGCGCAUUUAGGAGGCAUCUAAGCAACGUUUAGUGGUCGUUUCCACCAUGUCGCUCAGCAGUCUUCGAGGGCUUGCCCGGAGUGCGCUGCAGGCCAAGAAUGCGCUUCCUGCGAGGGCUGGCGCUGGUAGCCCCGUGAAGCUUGCGCCCCGCCCUGACAAGCCUCUGCCCACUUGGUACGAGCUUUGGUGGGACAAUGGCUACUACCCUGGUCAGCCGGUGGCUGACUUCAUGUUCGGCGCUUGGCCCGGCAACUUGACGGAGAAAUACUACCUGCGCGCCUGGGCUGUCUUUGGCGUGGUGCUUGCGGCGCCCUUCUACUACGCGCUGAACUACAUGGACGAGUUCCGCAUGCCCAUGGUUCCCCAGCAGUACCCCCCUGAGGUGCGGGACGUGCUGUCGGCGCGCCGCAACAGCAUGCUGAAGUACGACUUCAGCCAGGCGGACCACGCGGAGAUGAAGGCGCGCUCUAAGAUCUAUUGGACGCCCAUCUACUAAAACAGCGUGGCGGGUGGGGCUACGCUUGCCCGGAGCAACAAGCAGCAGCGUGCAGCGUCGCUUGCUUGCGCCGCCCUUUCAUGACAUGGACGUAGCCUAGGUGCCAGCAAGUUGACGUCGUUCUGGGGUUUGCAGUAGGGGCAGCCGUGAUGCACAGCAAGAAGCAUUAAGCGGCUGUAAUUACGGAGGUCCACUGCGUUAGGAUUGGUGGUGGCCGUGGAGGUGGAAAGGGGAUGUCACCCCUUGGCGUGCGUAAGGAUGCUUUGGCUUAUUCCGUUAGUGUAUUGCGGUAGGGUCCCGCCGUAUUGGGUGGACAGAUAGAUGCUGCCACUUGUGAGAGCGGUCCUAAAGGAGUUGGGCGUGGACAAGUAUUCCGAUGGUGCGAAGCCAAGGUUUAUAGGCCCCAAGUCGCACGAUAUGGGUCGCUGCAAACAAACUCCUGGACGACAUGCAAAUGAGCGAUGCAUGCGCUUAAGUGAUAUGCGUCUUCUGUCUGGGAUUGCGUCAAUUUCUCUUGGGGUACCGGUAAUUACCGGUCGUUCUCUCGAGGCACGCAGCUUGUAAUCAACACAUCUUCUUACCCUACCAUAUGCAAGGAACAAUUAUAUAGUUUCCAAGACCGUGUACGCUAUAUAGAGUUAACCACUGAAACACAAGACUUUGAAGGUCCAACUUGGCCAUUCAAACUUUAAGGAGCGCUUGAAGCAAAAUAGUCGAAGCGUAGGCUUACAGCUGUUUUUCCCUAUGUAUGGAAUACAGACGUCGCGGUGCCUUCCGUCUUGACGAGCUGUCGAUGCAGCAGCUGAGCAAGUUACGUCCUCAACUUUCUAAGCCAGAUGCGACCCUCCUACCUUUAUGACUAGCAAUAACAGUCCAGCGAGAUGAAGUCUUUUUAGGUUAACUGGAAAUAUGUCCAGCGACGGGCGCAGGCCUUCGCGUCAGCGCAUCGGAGGCCUACCGGUGGGGCCUCAGCCUUCUCGUGGACCUGACACCAACUAUGAUACUGGAGCAUACGGAGCUCCACCUUCGGGUGCACAGCAGCUCCCCUUGGCUCCAGCUCCGCAGACGGUACCAGCAGCUGCACCUUCGGGCCUGUACGGCCUAGCAGCUGACCUCGCAGGCGUCCAGGCUCCCCAACAGGGCGCUGACCCUUCGGCAGGCAUUCCUCAGGCAAGCCGUCCGCCGGCCAGGCUUGGAUCCGCUCGCAGCGGCAACACCACAGCAGUCCCCCUGUUACCGCUGCGACCCACAUCAGCCGCAGCAGCCACAGCAGCUUCCUCCUCCGCGUUCCGUGCAGCGAACCCGUUCACCGCCUCUCAGCCUCAGCCCCAGCUGCCUCCCCAGCGCCAUGGACAGCAUCCGCACCCUCAGCAGCUGCUGCAGCAGCAGCCGUACCAACAGCCACCAACAGCAGCAGCCCCUGGCGGCGGCGAAGUGCCGUACGGACUUGCCGUAGACCUCCUCCACAACAAUGACCCAGCCGCCGCCUUGGGUUUCGCCCCCAUCCCGUCGGCAACAGCAGCAUCCCAAGCACCGCCGCCCUUUCCAGACACUGGAACCGGUCUUCCCAACCGCCGUGGUGAGCGGCUGGCUCGCCGUGCCCUAGCACCCCAGCUAUCCGAUGCAGCGCAAAGCCGACAGGGCCGUCUGGGCCGUUCCGCUCCGCCAGCAGCAGCGGAGCCGCCCCAACAACCCCGCGCUGCUGCUGCUGCUGCUGGUCCUGCUAUUGUGGUGGCGGCAGCUCCCACUCCCAUGCAGCCACCCCCUCUGGACCCCCUAACCGUCAUGGAGCUUGCAACCAGCCAGCCGGGCCUCCCGGAGCCGGAUUACGGUAUCGUGGCUGAGCUCCGAAACCGAACCCCGCCCGACCCAUUUGCCGCGGACUUCGGCAUGGCGGCAGAGGUAGCUAGGAGACGGUCGCGAUCGCCAUCACCCUUGGGUCGCGGAGGCGGCUUGGGAGAGGGUUUGGGCGCGGUAGCCGGUGGUGGUGGUGUUGCAGGUGGUGACGGGUCCUCCAUGCGGCCGCUGAGGGCGAGGCGGCGGCUGGACCCGGUGGGGAUGUCUCCGGGCGGCGGGGAAGGCUUCGGUUUGGACGGCGACAUCGCGGCUCGGCAGCGUCAAACCGCAGCUGACCGUGCGGAGCCCUUUGCGGCCGCCGCUCGCACAGCUGUUGUGGGCAACGGCGGAGGCGAGGGCGAGGGCGGUGCGUUCUUUGGCGGGGGCGGGCUGGGAGACCCCUUCGCGCUGGCGGAUGAGCAGAUCAAGAUCCCCCGGGAGCUGCUGCAACAGCCGCCGUACGAGCCUAGUCAGCAGGAGCUUCCGGGGCCUGCCGUACCCCUCAAGGCGGGUGCAGCCGCACCCCAUGACGCUACCGGCAGCGGUGGCGGCAGCGACGCCGCGAGACCCGAGGCCACUAACAGCAGCGGCGGAGACGGCGCGGUAGCGGCGGAGGCGGAUGCGGACCGUCAGCCGUACGGCAUUGCUUCUGAGCUGGGAGUGGAUCCGCUGACAGGGAUGCGGCAGGAGCUGCUGGGGAGGGACGCCCUAGGUCUGCCGCCCCUGCCGUCCUACGCCAGCCAGCAGGCCGGCCUGCAGGGCCAGCCAGCGGGCCUGCCAGGCCAGCCGGGCGUAGGUCAGGGCCAGGGUCAGGCUCCGGAACCACCGGAGCAGCCGGGACACAAGUACAUGUACGACGAGGAUACCGGCAUGCUCGUCACAACGGCUGGCGGCCAGGGCGACGGCGGCCGAGUGGUACGGCAGUACAUCGAGGAUGAGGUGACGGGCGUCUUCUACCAGCUGCUCAGCAAGCGGAGGAGGCUGUUUGGACUGCUCAGGAGGAAGGAGCCGGCUGUCAUGGAGGAGGAUGACGAGGAGGAGGUGCGCGGCUUCCGCGGACGGCUGCGAAGCACCCUGCUGGGCAUCACAAACUUCUUUAACGUCCUCGGCAUGUUCGCAGAGGGCCUGGUUGCUGGGUUCGCGCUGCUCAACUUCUUCAUGACGUACAUGCUGUACGGCAGCACCUCGCUGCGCGAGUUCCUGCGCUACUACGGUCCCCUCGCGCAGUCCAACAACCGGCUGUACUACUCGUUGCUGGUGCUGGCGGUGAUAUCGUCCACAUGCAGGCUAGCUCGCGACCGGCUGCGCGGCUUCCAGCCCCGCCAUCUGCAGCUAGCGGCGGUGGACUACGGACAGCUGCUGCUGUACGUGGCAGCCUACAUCACCUCGAUCCUAUGCACGCCGCUCGACGACGAGCUGACCUACGAGGCCAAACGCAACCCGCGUUUCUACCAGCUGAGCUUUGCCAGCGGUUUCAAGAGGCGCCUGGCGCUGUGGCACGCGCUCAACAUCCUGAGGACCCUCUUCACGGGGCUGGCCUGGGUGCUGGCUUGCUACCAGACGUCUCCCUACGUGUUUGAUGCGACGUUGCGAGCGGAGUUGAAGGCCCUGCGGCGGCAACAGGAGAUGUUGAUGGGGAGCAGAGGCCCCGGCGCCAGGGGCGCGGCUGGGGCGGCCGCCGGUAGCGGGGCAAAUCAUGGUCGCUCGCCACGCAAGGGGGCAGGCGGCAACACAUGAGGAGCUUUGGGCGCCUUGGCUCGUGAUCCAUCAAUAGUACGGUCGAAGGCUUGCGGUUAUGUGGAAUAAAGGACGGGCUGUAUAGUAAGGGAUCGCUAGAUCGCGCGUGAUUCUAGCUGCUACAUGAUAAGGUGUGCUGUUUGAAGAUCCCGCUGUGCGGGCGAAGGGUGUUGGCGUCAAGGCGGAACGGAUACCGUGUACGGAUGUGGUUUCUGGAUUGUGUAAGGUGUUGCAAGAAGCCCUGCAAACAGGGUGCAACCCCGGGUGCAGAGGCACCGCUCAGAGUACGUUUGUUGGGUGAGAGUGGAGUUGAGACCGGAUUGCAGAAGAGCAGUCAGGACUGGGGAGUUGCUGGAGCGUUAGAAUUCUGGUACAUGCCACCACGAGACAAGAGAUAGGACGGUUUGACGGGUACUGCUGUGCCAGAGCACGUGACGGGCGGCGGCUUCCUAUAUCCGGAUGCUUAUGUUGGGACCUAACGUUGUUGUGAGGAAUGUGCAGUCCCCUAUGAUUGGGAUACAGGGCAAGGCUUAGCAGCGCAAAAGCGCGAUGCCUUGUCGAUAGCUAGCAAGCUAUCCAAGCUAACCAAGCAACUGGGAGUUUGGUACCGCCCAUAGGACAUUGUGACCAAGUGCUGGUGCUUUUGUCGUGGCACGCGUAAAGGUGUAUGACGCAUAUCCAACGUCUUGCAGUCGGCUUACGACCAUCGCAAAGUGUACGGCCCCUUUUUUUUGCGCAGCUAGGCCCUAGGCGAAAGGUUUGUGGCGUUACUUCCUGCUGAUCGCGUGCUGCACUACACAUCAUUCUUGCUGAUUAUGUAUACUUGACAGUUGCGCGCGUUAUUCAGUUGGACUCUCUGUACCGGUAGUGCAAGGUCAGCAACUUUCGGAGUGUACAAACAUAACUUUAGGCGCCGACUGUAACGUACGAUCCCCACGACAGGGCGAUACUCAAGGCGCCGGUGGCGGGCGAACAGUAAUCCCUUAGGGACUGUUACCCGAUUUUUCAUUUUGCCUGCCCACAAUGGCGGUCGUUAGACCGGGAGUGGCUGUCAGCGGGCCUACUGUAGAGAAGGUUGCCUGCGCCACACCAGGAGACACUAGCAAAGACUCUAAGUCCAAGGUGAAAGCCACCAAGGCAGUUCCUUCUUCGCCGUCUCUGGACUUUAGCGUUUCACCCCAGGCUGUUAAGAAUGACUCGAUGCCUUCGCCUUCAGCACCGACUACGCCUCCACAGUUGCCGGGGGGCGCAUCCUGCCCAGAUGCCAAAAGCUUCGGGACUGUUGAUGUAAAUUCAGUUGCUUCAUCGAGGAGCUCUGUGAUAUCGGAUGAUGAGCAGGCACCUUAUGAUGCCGGAGCACCGGGUGCUGGGGCGCCAGCUGCCGGAGCACCUGCCGGUGGUGCGCCCGCAGAUGGACACAACGGCCAAAUUGCUGGCGCGGCCGGGGCCGGAGAGGGUGGCGUGGGUGUUGCCAUGGGUGGCGCGGGAUUGUUGGGCAACGGCGGUGGCCCUGUCGUAGCCAACGGCGACGGCGGCGCCAACCCUCCUGGCGGUGGCGGUGGCGGCUUCUUUGCCGGUGCUGCCGGAUUCGGUGACGACGAUGAUGAGGACAUUGACAACUUCAUGGCGGUCGCUCACCAGCUGUUCCUCAAUGCCCAGCCUCCCGUCCCCGAAUGCAUGAGCGCGGAGGAGGCAGCGGCCAUCGCAGCGCAGACCAUCAACGGCGAUGCCGCCCCUGCAGGACCUGCGGACGGUGGUCUGGACGAUGAGGAGGAGGAAGACUAUGAUGAUGAGGAGGACGAGGAGGACUAUGACGAGGGAGAGGAGGAGGAGGAGGCCCCAGCGCCCGCGCCUGCGGCCGCUAUCCCCGCUCCGGCUGCUGCUCCGGCUGCUGCUGCUGCUGCCGCUGCCCCUGCUGCUGCCGCUGCGCCGUCGCCUGCUCCGGCUGCUGCCGCCGCUCAGCCGGUUGAGAUCAACCUGACCACCAGCGAGGCUGCCCCCGCACCGACCGCAGCACCUGCCGCUGCACCUGCCCCCGCGCCGGCUGCUCCCGCAGCGAGCGCCCCCUCCGGCAAGGCUGCUGGCAAGAAGGCUGCUGCCGCCAAGGCCGCCCCUGCCACCAACGGUGCUGCUGCCGCAGCGGCUGGCGGUGCAGGCACCAGCGCUGCUGCCGCUCCUGCCGCCGCCGCCGCCGCUAGCAAGGAGGCUGCUGCGGCCCCCGCUGCCGAGGAAAAGCCUGCUCCUAAGGCUGCUGCCUCAGCGGCUGCCAUCACAGCUGCUAUUGACAUAGCAGCCGCUGCGGAGCUGGAGCGCGCACGUAAGGCCCAGGAGCUUCAAAACGAGCUGAUUGCGCAGGAGGAGGCGGAGAAGGCGCGGAAGGAGAAGGCCAAGAAGAAGGCGGAGAAGAAGAAGGAAAAGAAGGCGGCGAAAAAGGCGGGUGAGGAGGAGGAAGCGGAGAAGGCGGCGGCGGCGGAUGGCGCGGGACCGUCCACAUCAGCAGCUGCCGCGCCCGCGGCUGAGGAGGCUGCUCCGGCUGCAGCAGCGGCUGCUGCUCCGGAACCCCUGAAGGCUAAGGCGGCGGAGCCGGAGCCUGAGAAGCCCAAGGGGUCCCCCAAGUCGGCGGCGACGACGACGGCAGUGGCACCCGCGCCUGCACCCGCAGCAGCCAAGGCGGCACCCGCUGCACCUGUGGAGCAGCCUGCGCCUGCACCUGCACCCGCAGCACCAGCGGCCGAGGAGGGCAAGAAGAAGAAGAAGAAGGGCAAGGAGGCCCAGCCCGCUGCGGCAGCCGCUGCUCCAACCUCCUCCUCCUCCGCAGGGGCUGGACCCAGCAGCUCCACCCCGGCCGCCUCCGCCGCCGCUGCUGCUGCUCCCGCUCCAAAGCAGCAGCCCAAGGAGAAGGACGUUCGCGCUGCUCCCGCUGCCCCAGCGGUUCCCGCUGCUCCUGCUCCUGCAGCUCCGGCGGCGGUCCCUGCCGCUGCCGCAGCCAUCGCCGCUCCAGGUCCGCGGCACGUCAUCAAUCCGGCCCUGGCCAUGAUUAACCCCGCUCUGGCGGCUAUGGCAGGCCGCGUGGCGCCUGUUGCGCCCAACGCCGCCUUCACGCCGGUGGUGCGGCCCCUGGUAGCCCCCGCCGGCACCGUGGUGCGGCCCUUUGCUGGCGUGCCCAUCCACCCCGCACCCGUGCGGGCGCCCGGCACGGAGGGCGUGGCUGCGGCGGUGCCGAUAGUGCCGCUGCGCCGCAGGCUGCCGGCGUCGCGCCGGCGCCUGUGUACCGUCCCGGGUUCGGCCAGGCCUUCCAGCCGCGUUUCGUGCAGCCCGCAGCGGCGCAGGGCGCGCCCGCUGCCGGUGCUGGCGUGGCCGCGCCGUUC